CAGGCAUACAAAAUGCUCAUUUACUCGUCAUCCACUGUGUGUUUGUAGUUGGGAAAGUGUUAACUCGGAGGCCUUAACUCAUCCCAUUCUUUGUACAAACUGAUGCAUUUAGUGUUUCGAUGACAGUGUUGAUCAAGCUUGCAGGAGCGUAGUUAUGGGAGAACCUUUAAUAAGAUGUAUUUUAUUUGCAGUUGUGCUGACUUGUUUCUUUUGGGGGGAAGAGGGUUACAGUUCUAGCUGAAGAAACGAACUGAUCUACAUGUGCUUCACUAUCCAUUGGAAGAAUGACAGAUGACAAAGAUGUACUUCGAGAUGUGUGGUUUGGACGAAUACCAACCUGUUUCACUCUGUAUCAGGAUGAGAUAACUGAAAGGGAAGCUGAACCUUACUAUUUGCUUUUGCCAAGGAUAAGCUACUUGACACUGGUAACAGACAAAGUAAAGAAACACUUUCAGAAAGUUAUGAGACAAGAGGAAGUUAGCGAAAUAUGGUUUGAAUAUGAAGGUACACCACUGAAAUGGCAUUACCCAAUUGGUUUGCUGUUUGAUCUCCAUGCGUCAAAUACAGCCCUUCCUUGGAGCAUCACAGUGCAUUUCAAGAAUUUUCCAGAAAAGGAUCUUCUACACUGCCAUUCUAAGGAUGUGAUUGAAGCUCAUUUUAUGGCUUGUAUAAAAGAAGCAGAUGCUUUAAAGCACAAAAGUCAAGUCAUCAAUGAGAUGCAAAAAAAGGAUCAUAAGCAACUGUGGAUGGGAUUACAGAAUGAUAAAUUUGAGCAGUUUUGGGCAAUAAAUCGAAAACUCAUGGAGUAUCCUCCAGAAGAUAGUGGAUUUCGAUACAUCCCAUUUAGAAUUUAUCAGGCAACAACAGAGAGACCUUUUAUACAGAAGCUAUUUCGACCAGUUGCUUCAGGAGGACAGUUGCAUACUUUGGGAGAUCUGCUAAAAGAUGUGUGUCCUAGUGCUGUCUCCCCUGAAGAUGGAGAGCAGAAGACUCAAGUGAUGAUUCAUGGAAUUGAGCCAAUGCUGGAAACACCCAUACAGUGGCUAAGUGAACAUAUGAGCUAUCCAGAUAAUUUUCUCCACAUUAGUAUCAUUCCCCGACCUACUGAUUGAAACUCAGCUAUAUUGGUAUGAGGAGCAUUCUCAAGCUGGAAUUAUAAGGGCAUGUCAACUUCUUGCUUCUGUCAGUCUUGACAGAGGCAGCCUGACCAGA